CGCCUCGGCAACCACGCGAACUUCAACUACUUUCGUUCUCGGGCGACACCGAUCGAAAGUGACACCGCUCUCCCGCACCUGUGUGGGUGCUUAUGUAUGCCAGCACCCAAUCUUCGCUAGACCGAUCGCGGUCCCCGAUAGCCACGCAACGCUCCACCUUAAAAAGCAGCCGCUCCCGGUAGCCAAAACUCAGUUUACGCACAGGCUUAGAAGUUUAUGGGACAUGAAGUCGACGGCUUGGCUCUCUUUGUUGGCUUUGGCGUGGAGUGUGGACGCAAAUCCUAUACUGGGAUUGUUAAAUCCUGAGUGCAAAGUCGUGCAUGGCGAGUGCCCCCAUGAAAAUAUUACCUUUUGGCUGUACACAAACUCCACCCGAGAUAAUCCCGUCUUGCUGAAUCCCCUUGACCUCAAUCCCUGGGACUUUCAGCCGGCUCGUCCCGUUAAGAUCUUGAUUCACGGCUACACGGGACAUCGUGACUUUUCGCCCAACUCCCACAUUCGACCCGUGCUGCUGGAUAACGAGGACGUAUACGUAAUCUCCAUUGACUACAAGCCCUUGGUGCCCGACCCAUGCUACUUCUCUGCCGUGCAGAAUCUUCCGCUGGUAAGCCAGUGUCUGGCCCAGUUGAUCAACAACCUGGUGGAUCGGAACAUAGUCCCGAAUGAGAAUAUUCACAUCAUUGGCUUCAGCUUGGGUGGUCAGGUGGCGGGUCAGACGGCCAACUAUCUGAAGAGGAAGCUGAAAAGAAUCACUGGACUAGAUCCAGCCAAGCCUAUGUUCGUCCUGGCCGGAAACACAAGUCGAUUGGAUCCGGGAGAUGCGGAGUUCGUUGACGUUAUCCAUACCAACGUUUUUGGCAGAGGAAUUUUGAGUCCCAUGGGACAUGUGGAUUUCUAUCCCAAUGUCGGCAGCAUUUUACAGCCCGGUUGCAGGGAGGAGAGUCCCGAUAGUCCUGGCAGCUGCAGUCACGAUCGCGCUCCUCAAUUCUAUGCCGAGUCCAUAAAUUCCACCACUGGCUUUUGGGGUCGCCAGUGCACCAGCUGGUUGGCGUAUAUUGUUAAUCUGUGUCCAACGACUGGAAAACAGGAACUGAUGGGUUACCACGUUUCGCAGGAAACGAAGGGUUCUUACUUCCUUGAGACGGGGAAGUCAGCGCCCUUUGCCCUGGGCAAACAGGAGGAUGUGGACAAUAGCCAGACCCUGGCCCAGUUCAAGCUGAAUCCCGAGCUCAACGAGAUCCCGCCGGACUAUGAGCCGCAGCUGCUGGAGGCUUUCCUUGAACUUGAUGCCUUGAAAGCCGUUUUAAAUACGGAUGGCAGCGAUCUGGACAAGCAAUUGAACUGGAUCGGUCGGGAGGAUGAUGAACCCCUGGCGAGAGCCAAGUUAUAAAAGAAUCAGGGGUGGAAUUAUAUUUAUUAUAAAAAAAAUCAAGCAAUUGAAAUGAUUUUAUCAAUUCAAUUACUUUUAGAGAAAUUGUAUUUAAAAAAAUAAAGUUGAUAACAUUUUAUAGCGAAGUGGUACUUUAAAAAUUAAUAUUUUCAUUAAACUACUUUUUAAUAUUCGGGAAAAUAUAAUUUAAAUGGAUUUUAAUCCUUGGAAUAUCAAUACAUGUCUGAAAUAAUA